AUGUCAGUGAAACUAACGUUUGUUUCUCCUGCUGAUGGAGGAAGAAUCAGCAGAAGUUGCUCAUUUGCUGGAUUCAGCACUGCGCACAGCCAAAAAUUAGCAAAGUCUCUCGGCAAAAGUUCAUCAAGAUCCAAAAUGUCAGUAAAAUCGGCCAAGAUGUAUUCUUCCCUUCAGAAAGGGGCAGUCAUCUGGGAUCCCAAACCGGACCAAGUAAAGAAAGUCUUCGAAGCGUUAAAGAAAGGACUCAACGAAUAUCUGGAAAUGCAUCAGGCAGAGUUGGAUUAUCUGUCGGGGUGCCACAAAGACACAAGAAGGAACUCCAGGCUGGCUUUCUACUAUGAUUUGGAUAAGGCACAUCGUGGAAACGCCGAGCAUGCCUCCAUUCUCCCGGUAGAAGAACUGUAUGAAGCCUACAGCAUCCAGUGCAGACUACGAGAUGGUGCUUCAAAUAUGAAACAUGCCUUUUCCUUGUCCCCUUCCACUAAAGCGUCCAGGGAGAGCCUAGUAGAACUUUAUAAGAACCUCCAAGAAUGUACAGAGGAUAUGUGUCUAAUUGAGGGGACACUUGAAGUACACUUAGGAGAAUUUCACCUGAAGAUGAAAGGGUUGGUGGGUUAUGCACGUCUCUGCCCGGGAGACCAAUAUGAGGUGUUCGUACGGCUGGGACGCCAGAAGUGGAAACUGAAAGGGAAGAUCGAGACUGACGACAGUCAGACAUGGGAUGAGGAAGAGAAGGUUUUUAUACCCAAUCUCCAUGAGAAGUUUGAAAUCAAGGUCACUGAGCUCCGAGGACUGAGUACCCUCUUGGUAGGCAUGGUGAAAUGUGACAGCAUAGACUUCUUUAUCACCAGGCCUCAGACUAUCAUUGUGGAUGUCACUGAACUAGGGACCAUCAAGCUCCAGCUGGAGGUGCUUUGGAAACCAAGCUCGGCUUAGGUAGUGGCAAACCACCCCUCCGCUGAUGUUCUUCAUCUUAAAUAUGCC